CUCUCUCCCCCCCCACGCUUAGGGGGGUACGUGGGAACGAUCCGACGCGGGUGUAUGUGUGUGUGUGUGGGGAGGGAGCAACGCGUGUCGUGCUGGCCGCCGUUCAUGCUGCUGCAGCCGCAGUUGGGAGCCCUUGUCUGCUACCAAGCCCCCUCCAGCCAUGUCCUCCCGGGAACGCCGAGCAGAAUUCUUCAUCAAGACCGAGCCGGCGUCGCCAGACAGCCUUGCCCAGCACAGCCCGAGCGGGUCAUCUGAUACCAGCGCCAGCGGGGUCCCCCAGGAGCUUGAGACUGUGGGGGCACCGGUGGCCGGGACGGGGGCCUCCCGGCGGCGCCACGACGAUGACACGGACGAGCCACCCGGACGGGGGAAGUACAUGCUGAACUCCAUGCCCAAGCGUCUGUGCCUGGUCUGUGGCGAUGUGGCCUCCGGGUAUCACUACGGCGUGGCGUCGUGCGAAGCGUGCAAGGCCUUCUUCAAGCGCACCAUUCAAGGCAGCAUUGAGUACAGUUGUCCGGCCACUAACGAGUGUGAGAUAACGAAGCGGCGUCGGAAGGCUUGCCAGGCGUGUCGCUUUACCAAGUGCCUGCGUGUGGGCAUGCUUAAGGAAGGAGUACGUCUAGACCGGGUGCGCGGAGGGCGUCAGAAAUACAAGCGCCGGCCGGAGAUGGAGGCUGCCACCUACCCCAGCACCUUCGUCACCCCGCAGAUUGCCACAGUGACCGCCAAGAAGCCAGCUCCCAUGAACACGAUGGUGUCAAACUUGCUGGUGGCUGAGCCGGAGAAAUUGUACGCCAUGCCCGAUCCCGCGCUCCCCGACGGCCCGGCCAAGGCAGCAAGCACUCUGUGUGAUCUGGCGGAUCGGGAGAUUGUGGUCAUCAUCGGCUGGGCCAAAAACAUACCAGGAUUCCCGGCCCUUUCUUUGGCCGACCAGAUGUCUGUGCUGCAGAGUGUGUGGCUGGAGGUUUUGCUCCUCGGAGUGGCCUGGCGCUCGCUGCCCUGCGAGGACGAGAUUGUCUUUGCCGAGGACUUUGCGCUUGACGAGGAAGCGGCCCGGACGGCGGGGCUGCUGGAGCUGAGCGGGGUGGUCCUCCAGCUGGUGCGCAAGUACCGUGCGUUGCGCCUGGAGCGCGAAGAGUACGUACUUCUGAAGGCCUUGGCGCUUGCCAACUCCGACUCUGUGCAUAUUGAGGACAUGGCAGCUGUACAGCGGCUCCGGGACGUACUCCACGAGGCGCUGCUGGAAUACGAAGCAUCGCGGCGCCCUGAGGAGCCGCGCCGCGCCGGCCGCCUCCUCCUGACUCUGCCCCUCCUGCGCCAGACGGCCACCCGGGUCCUCCACCAUUUCUACAGCCUCAAGUUGGAGGGCAAGGUUCCCAUGCAUAAGCUUUUCCUGGAGAUGCUGGAGGCCAUGAUGGACUGAGCGACGCAGCCGGAGGGAGACGGAUUUCGGGGAGGGGGGGGUUAGCCGAAGGAAGGCCUGGAGGGAGGAACGGAUGACGGUGGUGGUAGGGAGAGAAAAGCAGGUUUUCCCGUCUCUCUCGGAUCUCCUGCCGCUGCGCCGCUGCAUCGUGUCGAGUGCAUUUCUGUGUAUGCAAAACAUACCACUUGCCCAUUGCUUUUGCCCCGAGGCGAACGCCAAGCGAGUGGACGAGGCCACGAAGACUGGGCCGACCCAUGCAACAGGGGCCAGCGGGGCGGCCAGGGUGGGACUCACGCCUCGGUGGUUAUGGAGACAGAGCAAAAUUUUACAUUCACACUGGAAGCCAUACUUUAAUUUUAAUUUAUUAAGGGGGCGGGGAGGGGAGGGGUAUUAACUACAGUAGCCCUAGCUUGGAAGCCAUAGUGGAUUAAUGUGGCACGAAGGAGGAGCAGGAUCUGGGCUUAGCCUUGGCACGCAAGUGCCGGGGGGGGUCCUUGGCAUAGCCCGGCCUGGCGGGAUUUUCCUCCUUUGGAAGAGCCAUGCCCCCCCCACCUCUGACUCCACCUUCUCUUUGCCUCUGGGCUGGGCCCAGCGCGAUGCACCUUAACGCGGUGGGGGAUGUGGCUCCUCCCGAGUGCCUGCCAGGUGUUUGGGACUACGACUCUCAUCAUCCCCAGCCAUGCUCCCUUGGUUUUAUGGGGGUUGUCGUCUGGGAGGGCCACUUGGAUCGCUUCUCCCCCCCACCCUUGUGCGCAAAAGAACUUCCUGACUCCAGAAAUCACAAAAAAACAUGAGGGGCGGUGUGUGGAGAGACGGCAUAGAGCUAUUUUGGGGGUGUAUGGGUCUCUUUUCUGUCUCUUUAGUGCUGAGCUGGCUUUCGACAGCUCUCAGGGGAGGGACGCGCGCCCCCCCAACCGCGUAUCCUUUUUCCUUCCCGGUAUCCCCUCCCUCCCUCUUUCCGGGAGUCUUGCAUUAUCACUUUAAAGCAAUAAAGAUAAACGUUGGGGAGGGGAGACUCCCCACAAUGUUGAGGGGGGGCAGGGGCGGGAGGGGGCAUCCUGUGUCUUACGUUGUGCUUUGCACGGAGCCUGCCUUAACUUUUGGAGACGGGCGGAGGGUUGGGGUGAGGGACCCAACCUCUUCCUUCUCCUGGGGGGAAGAAAAAAGAGGCAGGGGGCUUUUCAGCUGCUUCCGGCAAAGCUCAUUUUUUCUUAAUUCCCUUGUAGCAAUAGUUUCCGAAAGCAUCUCUGCUUUUCUUUCAGGUGUGGUUUCAUCUUCCCUCCCCUCUCUGCCAUACGAAGCCGAGCCAUCUGGUCCUUCCCUGGCCAAAAAAAGCCUCCCGCCUUAGACCGAUCAUACCCCCCACCCCAUCGUCUGCCCAAAGCAAUAAUACUGAUAAUAAAACUCACCCCACAUCCCUUCCAUUCCUUCCUUACCCGGUAAACCAGGGGUAGGGGAACACCUCACCCUCCUGAGGUUAUGGAACUACAACUCCCAUCAUUCCUCACCCCCCUGGCUGUGCCACUUCUGGCUGAUGGGAGCUGUGGUCCCUCAGCAGCCAGAGGGGCCUGCCUAAUCGCCAUCCCUGGGCUAAAUUUAGGAGGGGAGGCUGCUUGGCCUAAAGCUAAGAGCUGUGUACAUAGCAAUAUAUUUUACUGUAUAUUCGUUGCAGGAAAAAAAGCGAUCUAUCCCAUUUCUGGCUCGCUUUGCUCCCCCCCCUCCGAAGGCUGGCCAGCCUGUAGCCUCCCCCUCCGUGGUGGGGAAGGGGCGAGGAGGGGGGCGAGAGCCGAUGCUGGAGAUUUUUUUUUAUUAUUAUUAAAUUAUGUGUGUGUACAUAUUAUAAAUACCUCUGAUUUGUGUAUAGGCGGCUACACAUACACAUGCAUAGAGAGCUCUAUUACUGAACAAAUUAAAAAAAAAAGGCUUCUACAGCCCAAAGAAAGUCGGUGGCUGUCUGUGUUUGUUCACAA